GUUUUUAAUUUUAUAUUUAUCGGUGAAAUUGAUAAUACCAGCCUUUCAAUAUUUGGAAUCUAAGCGAUAUCAAGCUGUUAAAAGUUACAUUAAGCCAUUCAUACAUUUUCCAAGAAAGGUCUGGUGUAACCCAUGAUUCCAAGUUGUUUGGUUUUGUUUACCUUAGUAAAUGGAAAAUUGUAACAAUGGAUAAUAUAUCCGAACUAACUUGUAGAGUUUGUUUACACGAACAGCAGGUUUUAAUUAACGUUUUUGAAGAAUUGGAUGACUUGCAAACCAAUCUCAGUAGCUUGCUGGAAAAAUGUGGGGACAUGCAGGUUGAAGAAAAUGAUGUCUUUCCUAAAUAUUUGUGCGAAGAAUGUACGCAGGAGCUGCUUAUAGCGGCACAAUUUAGGGAAAAGUGCAUUAAAUCACAGAAAGUAUACGACGAGGCAAUGAAGGUAUGCAAUGUGGAUGAUAUUGAUGGUGACAAUUUCAACCAAAUCAUUGAAUACUCGGAUGGGGAAAGUGAUAAUGUUGCAGCCUGUGAAGACCAGGUAGUACCUGAAUCAAAAAAUACACAUUCUUUAUGCACAAGUCCAACCGAGGCUGAAGAACAAAAUUUGAAUAAUAAUAAUGAAAUUGAAGAUAACCUUUAUGUGGUGGGUGAUGUCGUUGAUGUAACAUCAUUUCAGCAUAAUUUAGCUGUGCAACAAUCAACUCCACAGGAAAUAGCCAGUACGGAUGCCAUAAUUGAUAAUGUUGAUGUUAUUGAAGAAGGAUCUUGUGAUGUAGAUUGCCGCGAAGAUUCUAACAACUAUGAAGUUCAUAUAGAUUUGUCAAACAGUUCCUUUGUCAAAGCGCUACCAAUUAGAUCAAAAAGAGAUAAAUCCUAUAAAUGUGACAUUUGCGGGGCGGUAUUUGUCCAAGCCAUUAAUUUACAAAAACAUUUACAGAAAACCCAUAUCGCUGCUCAGUACUAUACAUGCGAUAUAUGUAAUCACUGGUUUUCUGUGGAAGUUGAACUCUUAAAACAUGCAAAGCAUUGUAGGGAGCAGAAUUUGGAACAAGAUAACCUUAACGAAAAUAAAAAUAAGUCGUUUUCGGGACCCAUUUUAAGCAAUGCGCAGCAUGUGGAAAACCAAAAAAGGUGCAAUUAUUGCGAAAGGGAUUUUCAGACACCUUUUGCCCUUAGAAUGCACAUGCGAUCGCAUACUGGGGAAAGACCUUUUCCGUGUCAGUAUUGCAAUAAAUCAUUCAAAACUCAGUCAUCAUUGAGCGCACAUACCAAAAGGCAUACAGGUCAAGCGGAUUUCGUGUGUUCGGUUUGUGGCAAGUCAUUUUAUGAACGAGGGAAUCUAGAUGUCCAUAUGCGAAGCCAUACUGGUGAAAAGCCCCAUUCUUGCUCUAUGUGCAACAAAUCGUUUACAAGGGUUUUUCUGCUUGAAUUGCAUAUGAGGACGCACACGGGAGAAAAGCCUUACUCAUGUUCCUUUUGCGAUAAAAGUUUCCGGCAGCGAUCGGACUGGAAAAAUCAUUUGAGUACACACACCGGCGUUAAACAAUUUAAUUGUAACUUCUGUUCCAAAGGCUACAUAAAAAGAACGUCACUUGCCCAACAUUUGAGAACACAUUCAGCUAUACAAAUCGAAAUGGAUAAUGACAUCUCACAGGAAACCAAUAAUAAUGAACAUUCCGAAGGUGUUGAAAACUUUGGUGACAUAAUAACAAGCGAGGAAGACUAUCCGUCGUAGAUAUUUUUUAAAAUAAAUACAUACAUACUUUAUUGCUAAA